AUUUUGUCCCGAAAUAUCUACUUAAUUUUCAGAUUACCAAAAUGGAAAACAGUUUCUCGUCUCAAUUGUCAAAUAACAGCGGUGUGAACAAUUCCAAUGAAAUGAAUAUAUCUUCAUCUAAUAUGCCUCUUGUUGAAGAAUCUUCGAAUAGUGAAGUGACCCAAAGCGAAGCGCAGCAGAACACACAGCCACUGAUUGAUUUCGCCAUGCAACUGGACAAUGCCAACAGUGUAAUACCAGACGCGAUUGCAUUGUAUUAUCUACGCAAAGCAGGUUUCCACAGCGAAGAUGCCCGACUGGUCAAAUUAGUAUCUCUAGCAGCUCAGAAGUUCAUCUCAGAUAUAGCAACAGAUGCCUUAAACUAUAGCAAAAUGAGAAGUGGUGGCAGUUCAAAUGCAGCCGCGAGACAACAGACCAAUGAGCUGACUUUGACAAUGGACGAUUUGAAUAACGCUUUAGCCGAGUAUGGAAUUGUGCUGCAGAAACCUCCCUAUUAUCAUUAGCUUAAAUUGAACUUAAACUGAUUUUUUUUCUGUUUCUGAUGUAGUUUAAAUCCUUAAGUCGUAAUUAAAUUUUUCUUU